CUCCUUAACACACGCACGCACACACACACUUACACUUACACAAUAAGUCACUAUGUUCACUCUCUCCCUGGUACUACAGAGAACAAUGGAACAAUGCAGCUCUUCUGUGAUCCAGGCUGGCGUCUCCGAGCUGAGGCUCUACUCCUCACAAGACUGAGCGCUGCUGUGAUGCUGCACAGCGCCGAAGAUGAGCGAGGUGAGACGGUCAACAUCAAGCUCCUAUCGGCCGAGGUCCAGCUGGAUAAAGAGGCCAAAACGAGAAUGGAAACCUUUGGAGGACCGAAGCUGCACGGAUCUGCCAUGGUUCCUGUUAUUUACGUUGUUCCUUGUGGGAAUGGGUGGCAUCUGUGGGUUUACCAUCAUGACUGGAGGGGCGGCGCGGCUCGUCUUCGGAUAUGACAGCUACGGUAACACGUGUGGCCAACGCAAUGAUCCCAUCGAAGGGGUCCGGCUGAGUGGUCUCGACCACACUGACAGAAAAUUCGUCUUUUUCCUGGAUCCAUGCAACAUAGACAUCAUUCAGAGGAAGAUAAAGUCCAUGGCACUGUGCGUGUCACAAUGUCCCACUGAGGAACUGGCGACUUACUUCGACCUCAAGAGGUUUGCCAUGAUAAAUGGGUCCGAGCUUUGUUCUUAUGAGUUACCCGGUCACAAGUACCCACAACUUCCCGAGCGCUUCGAAAAGUGUCCCAAACUUCCAGUACCAGAGAGCAAAGCUCUACCAGUGUUUAACCGCUGCACGCCGGUGGAUAUCUCCUGCUAUGCUAAGUUUGCUGAAGCGGUGAUCACGUUUGUCAGUGAUAACAGCAUGUUAAACAGGCUGAUCGCCGGGGUUGCAGCCAGCAAAGAGAUCAUUGUUGGGCUGUGUCUGCUGGCGCUAGUUUUGUCCAUGAUCCUCAUGGUGAUCAUUCGUUACAUCUCUGCUGUCCUGGUUUGGAUCCUCACUGCACUGGUGGUUCUGGGUUCCCUGGGAGGUACCAGCGUUCUGUGGUGGUUGUACAUAGACUAUAGAAUGACAAUGAAUGAGACCAUGACUAAAGAUCUGAUAGAAACAGAAGAACCCAAUGAUGGCAUGAAGACCACCAAAGACCACGCUCAAGGACUGCUCAUCUACGCUGUUUCAGCGACCGUGUUCACUGGAAUUUUAUUGCUUCUGAUGUUGUUUAUGAGGAAGAGGGUGGCUCUGACCAUCGCCCUGUUUCACGUGGCGGGAAAAGUGUUUAUCCACCUGCCGUUGUUGGUACUGUUGCCCUUCUGCACGUUCCUCGCUCUUUCUCUGUUUUGGGUCUACUGGAUCAUGGUCCUCCUCUUCCUCGGCACCACUGGGAACCCGGAGGAAAAUGAGGAUACUGGCCUGGUUGAGUUCAGGCUCACAGGAUCGCUGCAGUACAUGACCUGGUACCAUGCAGUGGGACUGAUCUGGAUCAGUGAGUUCAUCCUGGCUUGUCAGCAGAUGACCGUAGCCGGUGCUGUGGUAACCUACUACUUCACAAGGGACAAAACCAAACUCCCGGUGACGCCCAUCCUGUCAUCAGUGCUGCGGCUGGCGCGGUAUCACCUGGGCACUGUGGCCAAGGGCUCCUUCAUCAUCACCCUCGUCAAGAUCCCACGCCUCAUUCUCAUCUACAUCCACAACCAACUCAAAGGAAAGGAAAACGCUUGUGCACGCUGCAUGCUGAAGACCUGUAUCUGCUGUCUGUGGUGUCUGGAGAAGUGCCUCAAUUAUUUGAAUCAGAAUGCAUAUGCGGCGACGGCCAUAAACAGCACUAAUUUCUGCACCUCGGCCCGCGAUGCCUUCAUGAUCCUGGUGGAAAACGCUCUUAGGGUAGCGACCAUCAACACCGUUGGAGAUUUUGUUCUCUUCCUGGGCAAGAUCCUGAUCGUGACGUGCACUGCAUUCGCUGGGGUGUUAGCGCUGAACUAUCAGAGAGAUUACACAGAGUGGAUCCUUCCGCUCAUCAUCGUGUGUCUGUUUGCAUUCCUGGUGGCACACUGCUUCCUGUCCAUCUUCGAGAUCGUGGUGGACGUGCUCUUCCUCUGCUUUGCCAUCGACACCAAAUACAACAACGGCACACCUGGGAGGGAGUUCUACAUGGACAAGGCCCUGAUGGAGUUUGUGGAGAACAGCAGGAGGUCAAUGGCAAUGGAAGAGCGGGGGCGCAGCAAGCGCGCCCGUCCCAAGGAAGAUGUAGAGUUGACUGAGGUUAAGGCCAUGGUGAGUGGUGACGGUGAGGUAGCUGGGGCGGAGUGGCAGACCUUGCAGGAGUUCCACCUGUACUACCUGCUGCUGUGUGUGCUGCUGGACUGGGUCCUGUCGGAGCACACACUGGUGCUCUGCUUCACACAAGACAUGAUCAUCUUCCUGUCUGUCUGCCUGCCAACCUCCACCCUCUUCUUCCUGGUCACAUUGCUCCAGAACACACCGGUGGCUGCUGCUGCAUGCUGACUAAUGCUUCCUCACCUCCUUCAUCCAUCUAUCACUUCAUCUGUACUUUCUAUGCAUUGCACUAACAGAGCACGAACAUCUAUUUUUCUAUCUGUGGAUCUUUUUUUUAAUCUUGUUUUUCAUUCCAUUCUUGCCUCUUCUUUUUUUACUGACUGUUUUUAACUCAAACGGCAGCUAUAAACCGUACUUAUAUAUCCAUUGCCUUACAAUCACCAUGUUGCUAUUUGGAGGAAAGAUAAUUGAAACUGUCAAGCUGGAAAAAUAAAAGGAGUAGAGGAAAGGAAAGACUUAAUCUCUCACAGUGAUACAGUUAGCAUUACUCUUGACUUUCUGGAUAAACCAUGGCAAUCAAAAUGAUUACUGGGUCAGUAUGAACAGCUUUUUUAGUAGCAAAAGAUUAGGACUGACUGUAUAUGGGUUGUUGACAUGAAAUGUUAAUCAUUUCUGUGUGAUAUUUAAAGAAUUGUUUUAUGGCAACUACAAAUGGACGUGUUCAGUUAUCCACUGUAAUUAUGACUGUAAUUUCACUCAGCGGUCGGCUGUAUGUGGCUAUAAAGUCGCAGAAAUACAC